AUGGCUUCUUCUUGUUUGAGUCAUGUGCUUGAAAUUGAUAAACUCGAGAUCUCACCAAAGCCAAACUGGCUUGAACUUCCAAGAGACAUAACCAUCAACAUACUGCAGAGACUUGGAACUCUUGAUCUCGUGACAAGUGCAUCUGUUGUGUGUCCUCUCUGGUGGAACAUCUGCAAGGACCCUCUCAUCUGGACCACCAUUGACAUGAGAAACGUCUCUCUUUCAAACAUUGACUUUGAAUAUUACAGUAUAUUAGAGAAGAUUUGCCGCUAUGCUGUCAACCGAAGUUGUGGUCAUCUCAAGGACAUUUAUAUCAAAAUAUUUGGAACUGAUGAGCUCCUUCUUCUCAUAGCUAACAGUGCAAGUAAACUGAGAUGCAUACAACUUGAAUUUUGCCAUGACAUUUCAAAUAAAGUAUUGGAGGAAGUUGUGAAUAAGCAGCCAUUUUUAGAAGAGCUUGAGUUUUGGCAUUGUUUUGAACUAAGGGAAGAUUCUUUUGGACAUAUAGGAGGAAGUUGUCAAUUUUUGAAGUCACUCAAAUUUAGCCCUUGUGCUGAGGCAGUAAGCAACAAUAAGUGUGAUGAUGUAGCAGUUACUAUUGGAAAAACAAUGUCUAACCUAAGACACCUUACAAUUUUGAAUAAUGAACUCACCAACAAUGGAUUGCAAGCUAUUUUAGAUGGAUGUCCUUUUCUUGAAUCUCUUGACAUUCGAGGAUGUCUUUAUGUUGAUUUGGAUGGAAGUUUGGGGAAAAGAUGCAAUGCACAGAUCAAGGAAUUACGAUUUCCAGCUGAAUCUAUAUAUAACAAAUUUGAUUGUGUUGAUUUCAUGAACUAUUUGCAGUAUAGUAUUAUGACAAGGAUAGACUUCGAUGCUAUUGAUUAUUCUAGGUUUGAUGAAAUUCCAUAA